AUGUAUAGAAGGAAAAAAAUGGGCAUUGUACUUCAUUCACUUAGUGUGUCUAACGUCUUACGUUCUCAAAACCAUUAUCUAUCUAAUGGAUAUGGAUAUUGUAUUCUAAAGCGCUUUAACUCGUCUUUAUGUACACGCCAACAGCUAUUGGAAGAUAUUCUCUUUGUUCAUAACGAUUUAACGACAACUACAAGUUGGUCUAUGCCUCUUGAUCAAUUAGAAUCAAUUCUACAACAAAUAUGUUCGGAUGAGUACCAUCUAUCUCCACUAAGAUAUCUUCUCAUCCCGGAGUAUGCUUUUUCAAAGUAUUAUGCCGAAGUACUUAUAUCAUCUUAUCCUGAUAUCAUGUUUCGCAAAAGUCGACGUCAUCGUGGUUCUAUAGAGGUUCUUUUACCGCAUAAGGAUGAUGUAGUGGUCUACACUGGUUUAGCACGUUUCUUAUAUCGUUUCUCUUGUGGUAGCUUACCGCUAAAUGAUGAUUACCGAAUAUUGAAUCGAUCAAGUAUCGAGGCUUUUUAUAAAAGUCUUCUAGGUAUAAGGGUUCAAAGGUUGUACUCAAUUGAAUUAGAUGAAUCCUUGAAUUUCAUUCCUAAAACUCAUUUAUUAGAGACGCUGUCACCUAUCCUUCAUGAUAAGUCUGUCUAUAGACUCAUAUCUCAGUUGAUGGAACUCAAUAUUUUACAUCAGGAUAUGUAUCAUCCACCAUCUCCUUAUGGUAUACCAACUCUAGGUGAAAUAUGCAGAGUCUUAUUCAAUCUAUACUUGGCCGAAAGCUUUGAUCCUGGCUUUGCUCGAAAGUAUCCUAGUAUUGAGUUUGAGAGGUAUUAUGAUACCGUUUUUAUCUUUAUUAAAGACAAUGAACAAGAAAAGGCUUUCUUCGGUAUAGAAGAUCUGCUGGUAGAUCUUGAGCUAGUCAACGGGUAUAUAAAGUCUAUCGAUACUUUAGGAUGUAUGUACUCGAGAAUAGGUCCUGUAAAGAAAGUCUUUCGUAUUGCACCUGAUGGCACGAUAGAACGUGGAGAAGAUCGAUUUGAUUGUAUAUAA